AUGCGUCAUAAGUGGAGCACAGCUUAUAGCAAGAAUGUAUUCUCUGUUGGUAUCAUGUCCCCCCAAAGGAGUGAGAGUACAAACAAUGUGUUGGGUGAGAUUGUGGGGAAAACAAUAACUCCUGCACAAUGUUUAUUGGCUUUUGAGAAGAUGGUCAAAAAGUGGCGCCGCUUAGAGGUUGAGGAGGAAUUCAAAAACUGCCAAAGUACGCCUCCGCUUGUUAUAAAUAUUAGUGAAACGUUACGGCAUGCAUCUAAUGUAUAUACUCACAAAAUCUUUAAUAUAUUUUUGAAUGAGUAUCUUGAAGGGACUGGUGGAAGCACUUCUAUAGAGAUUGGUCAAAGUGAUAACAUCUCAUAUCAUGAAGUCAUCUUGAACCAUAAGCCUAAUAAAAAAUAUGAGGUGACAUGA